AUGAUUGGGAGCUCGGAGUUUUGGGAGACGGAGCGGGAGGCGCCGUUGCUGAACCGGAACGCGAAUUUCUUCUGCCCGGAGUCUGCUGCUGCGCUGCAGCAGCGAGCAGCAAAGCUGCUGCUGCUGCUGGAGGAGCGGCACGGUGCUGCUGCAGUGGAGCCGCAGCUGCUGCAGCCAGACUGCGAAGACGAAGCAGCAAAACGCAUUUUCGUCCUCGACGCCGAGCGCACUUUCAAGUCGCCCCAGUUCCAGCAGCAGCUCGUCGCGGUGCUGUCGUCUUUGUGGCCGGAAGUUGGGGACUACCACCAGGGUUUGGGUUUUGUGGCUGCGUUUUUGCUGCUGCUGCUGCCAGCAGAAGCCGUGCUGCGGCUGUGCGUGGGGCUGCACCGGCUGUACCUGCCGGGGUACUUCAAAGCAGCACCCGUGGCUUAUGUAAGGGACGCGCGGGUGCUGCAGAAGCUGCUGCAGCAGCAGCAGCCUGCUGUUGCUGCUCGACUUGCUUCCUUUUGCUGCCCCGAGGCCUACUGCAGCAAAUGGUUUGUGGGGCUGAACGUGCACGUGCUGCCCUUCGAAGCUUUGCUGCUGUUCUUCGAGCAGCUGCUGCGCUGCGGCGCCGCCUUCCUCUUCCAGUUCGCCCUCGCGCUGCUGCAGUGCUGCAGCAAACAGCUGCUGGCAGCAGCAGGUGCUGCUGAGGCCCUCGAGAUCCUCCGACUCGAUCCCAAGAAGUUCCCAAAUGCUGCUAAGGCUCCUGGCGACGAAGCUGCGGGUUCCUUCUUCCUCAAGAUCGUCCGAGACGCCACCCAAAUCCACAUCGAUGAGAAGCGCAUUCAAGAGCUGCGGGAAGAAGCAAUGGAAGAACUUCGAAUGGAAGAAGAAAAAAGAAAACAAAGAGAUCGCGAACUGGGGCUGGACUCCGACGACGAAAUAAUCUUCUCUGAUGAAGAAGAAGAAGCAGCAGAAGCAGCAGAUGAGGAGGAAGCAGCAGCAGAAGUGGAGGCAGAAGCCGCAGCAGCAGCAGCAGCAGCAGCAGUAGCAGCGGUAGCAGCAGCAGCAGCAGAGGCAGAAAGCGACAAGAGAGAAGCUGCUGCUCCCGGGCGAACGCCCUGCAGCAGCAGCAGCAGCAGCAUUAGCAGCAGCAGCACUGGCAGCAGCAGCAGCAGUAGCACCAUUAGCAGCCCCAUGAACAGCAGCAGCAGCAUUGGCAGCGACGUAUGCAUCAAUAGCAACAACAGCACUUGCAGCAGCAGCAUUAGCAGCGGCAGCAGCAAUAGCAGCAACAGCAUUAGCGGCGGCAGCAGCAACAAUAGCAGCAGCAGCAACGCCAGCAGCGUUGGCAACGGCAUCGGCAGCAGCAGCAUUAGCAGCAGCAACAGCAUUAGCAGCAGCAGCAUUAGCAGCAGCAGCAUUAGCAGCAGCAGCAUUAGCAGCAGCAGCAUUAGCAGCAGCAGCAUUAGCAGCAGCAGCAGCAGCAGCAAGACAUGA